AUGAGUGAAGUAAAUUGGCUGCUGCUGGCCGNCGCCUUCCUUGUGGCCUUCGUGCUGCUGCUCUACAUGGUGUCUCCGCUCAUCAGCCCCAAGCCCCUCGCCCUGCCCGGCGCGCACGUCGUGGUAACAGGAGGUUCCAGUGGCAUUGGAAAGUGCAUUGCUAUUGAGUGCUGUAAACAAGGGGCGUUUAUUACUCUGGUGGCACGAAAUGAGGAGAAGCUGCUUCAGGCAAAAAAAGAAAUUGAAAAAUACUCCAUUAAUGACAAACAGGUGGUGCUUUGUAUCUCAGUUGAUGUAUCUGAAGACUAUAACCAAGUAGAGAAUGUCAUAAAACAAGCACAGGAGAAACUGGGUCCAGUGGACAUGCUUGUCAACUGUGCAGGGAUGGCACUGGCAGGAAAAUUUGAAGAUCUUGAAGUUAGUACUUUUGAAAAAUUAAUGAACAUCAAUUACCUGGGCAGCGUGUACCCCAGCCGAGCAGUUAUCACCACCAUGAUGGAGCGCCGGGUGGGCAGGAUCGUGUUUGUGUCCUCCCAGGCGGGACAGUUGGGAUUAUUUGGAUACACAGCCUACUCUUCAUCAAAAUUUGCCAUAAGGGGAUUGGCAGAAGCUUUGCAGAUGGAGGUGAAGCCAUACAACGUCUACGUCACAGUGGCCUACCCACCGGACACGGACACCCCUGGGCUUGCCAAGGAAAACAAAACAAAGCCUUUGGAGACUCGACUUAUUUCAGAGACCACAAGUAUUUGCAAACCAGAACAGGUGGCCAAACAAAUUGUUAGAGAUGCCAUACAAGGAAAUUUUAAUAGUUCCAUUGGCUCAGAUGGUUACAUGCUGUCAUCACUGACCUGUGGGAUGGCUCCAGUAACUUCCAUCACUGAAGGACUCCAGCAAGUGGUCACUAUGGGCCUUUUCCGAACUAUUGCUCUGUUUUACCUUGGAAGUUUCGAUAGCAUAGUUCGUCGCUGCAUGAUGCAGAGAACAAAAUCUGAAAUUGCAGACAAAACUGCCUAAUUGUUAUCCCUUGGGGGGAAAAAAACUGUUUCCAAAUAAUUCGAACAGCUUGCUGCUACAUGGGACCCAAUUUUUAGCCUACAGACACUUGUCUUGUUUUAGAAUAUGUAAGAUUGGAUCAGUGCUCUUCAGAAAUCUAGCUUUGGGCAAAGGAAUAGAAGUCCAACUCCAGACAAUAUUAUUAACACUAUGCAAAUAUGGAAUAGGAAGUCCUUUGAGGUGGAGUGGGGUAGUGUGAGAACUCACAAUAUGUCAACAGGGUAAAGAAUGGAAUUCCAGAACAAUAAGUGGAAUUUUUUUUCUAUUUAUUCUUUUGCCCACCUCAUAGAGAUGAAAUCCAGAAAUGUACUUUAUCUCACAUAAGAAGUCUUGAAGGCUCUUUUAAACUUUCCAUGAAAGGUAGUUAGUUUAUGGGUUUCUGGGCUUUUUUGUUUUUCUUCUUAAUUUGGUGUGUUUUACUCAAGAUGAAUUGUAUGCAUUGCCAGUGAGUCUGAACACCUCUCUGUCAUGCUUGUUUUACUGCUGGUAGAACCUCUCUCUCUUUGAUCCCACAAAGCUACGAGGGGGACGGGAGAGAGCAAUGCAGCAGAAGGUAAGCAGUCAUUCUUUUCCAGUAGGGAAACAAUGCUUUUUUGUCUUCUUUUGACUGAUGCUUAGGACUUUGAAGUUUUGAUUCAUGGAAAAAGGCAGCCUCCUCAAAUGUUUUCCGAAGAGAAAAUAAAAUCUUAGAUGCUUACAGAAGUUUACAGUUUCCUCAGUAGCCAUGAUGUGCUGAAGCUCACCUGUUCCAUGUUAGUGGCUGCCUGUUCUUUCCUUCUCUCCCUUGUCCAACUUUGCUUAUCCUGCUGUAAUGUUUUUGUAAGAGAAGAAAAAAGACCAGCUAAGAUUUUUGACUUGACUUUUUAAAUUAAUUCAUGAAUUCAUUAAAACAAACAAAAAAUAAAUAAAAAGUGUGACAUUCUUAACCUAGUAGCAUAUAUGUAGCUUUUAGGAAAGGCUGAUGAUUGUAUAUUUAAAUUAUACUCAUU